ACAUUUCAACUUUCAAGGAAUAAAACCUCGCAGGUGCAAGAUAGCAGUAUCGACUAUCGUCCCCUCAGCAGUCAGCAUACACCUGCUGUUACCAAAUUAUCGCAGGAGGGCAAUCGCUUGGCAUUGAGGAACGAUGCAGGCCGUAACGAGGCGAUUAGGGCACCAAUAUCUCAAACCUUCACAUUCAGUUUCAGCUUUCAAGUCUUUCGAUCUCCUCUCCGAUCACUAUGGAAUUGAUACCCCGCGAUAUGCAUCUACGCUCACAGCCUCUAAAGGUGUUGGGCAUCUGGUUCGGAAGGGAACUGGCGGUAGAUCGUCUGUUAGUGGAAUUGUUGCUACCGUUUUUGGUGCUACUGGGUUUCUUGGGCGGUAUCUUGUGCAGCAGCUUGCUAAAAUGGGUUCUCAAGUUUUGGUACCUUUCCGAGGAUCUGAGGACUGUCAUCGUCAUCUCAAGUUAAUGGGCGAUUUGGGUCAGAUUGUUCCAAUGAAGUACAACCCUAGAGAUGAGAGUUCAGUUAAAGCAGUGGUGGCAAAGGCUAAUGUUGUAAUCAAUCUUAUUGGGAGGGAAUAUGAGACAAGGAAUUAUAGCUUUGAGGAAGUGAACCACUAUAUGGCUGAACAGCUUGCAGCAAUUUCAAAAGAACACGGUGGAAUCAUGCGAUUUAUACAGGUUUCGUGUUUGGGGGCAUCUCCAACAUCUCCCUCCAGAAUGCGCAGAGCAAAAGCUACAGCUGAAGAGGCUGUUUUAAGAGAAAUUCCAGAGGCAACAAUAUUGAAACCUGCUGUGAUGAUUGGUACUGAGGAUAGAAUUUUGAACCCAUGGGCACAAUUUGCAAAAAAUUAUGGCUUCCUGCCACUUAUUGGAGGUGGUACUACAAAGAUUCAACCAGUAUAUGUUACUGAUGUUGCCUCUGCAAUUAUUGCUUCAUUGAAAGACGACGGUACCAGCAUGGGAAAAGUUUAUGAACUUGGUGGACCAGAGAUUUUCACAGUGCACCAAUUGGCUGAGCUUAUGUACGACGUGAUCCGUGAAUGGCCUCGCUAUGUGAAGGUUCCUUUCCCAAUUGCUAAGGCAAUCGCAACACCUCGAGAGCUACUGCUCAAGAAAGUUCCGUUUCCACUGCCAACUCCAUCAAUAUUUAAUUUGGAUGUGAUUGAGGCCCUUACCACUGAUACACUUGUGUCAGAAAAUGCUUUAACAUUUGAAGAUCUUGGAAUUGUCCCACACAAACUGAAGGGAUAUCCAGUUGAGUAUCUUAUCCAAUACCGUAAAGGUGGACCACAAUAUGGCUCUACAGUUAGUGAAAAAAUAUCUCCCGAUUCUUAUCCAUGAGGUUGUUUGGAUAUUCAGUUUGAACACAAUUGUCACUGUGAGAACAGGUAUUUGUUGCCAUGAUUGGUUCAGCAUAUGAUAUAAAUUCUUUUCCAGAACAACAUUUUGAAUCAGUUGACUAACUGUUUAAGAGCCUUAUUUUCCCCUGAAACAAACCAGGGAAUAAUAAAGAGUAGUUUUCUUUUUCAGCAAUCCUUAUGACUGUAUAUUGUUGAGAAAAUUUCUGUUAUUCUGGAAAAGACAGGUGGUUUUAUUGGUUGGUUUUCAAACCAAAAUUAAGGACACAUUCAGAGGAUCA